UUUUUUUUUUUUUGGAACCAUGAAACUAUUCCUGAAUGAAUCUUUUGAUAUUAGCGUAAAGCCUAAAGAAAGACUAGGUUGGUUUUUUUUUAAAGGAAUUAAAUUUAAAUUGCUAUUUUGCAACCAAAUUUCAGCAGCUGUUCAGGGACAAAGGACUUGCAGGGCCAAAAAACAGAGACGAGAACUGCCUAUAGGCCAGAGGCUUCAAACUGUGCACCUCUGCUGUCUAAUUUCGGUCUCAAACAGGGACAAAAAAAAAUGUAGCUGUCUCUUUUUGCUCUCUUUUAAAGUUUAUUGAAAAACCAUUUAGAUUUGAUGUGGGCUGGUCUUAACCAUAAGGUGAGUUUUAUGUGGUUUCAAGAUGAGAACAAUUCUUUGAAUUUUUGAGCUAUAUCAGUCCUUGAGGUUGAUUCUGUCUGUCUUUUUUGCGUAGGAGUGUUUUUUGUUUCUGAAAAGUUUAGCCUUGCUUGACAUUUGGUGUUCGGCUUCAGCUGGAGAACGUUUCUAUUAAAAGCUGACAUCAGCUUGCUGAUACACAAGAUGCUCCAUCUUACUUCUGUCCCAGAAUUGUUUUUUUGAUAUUGCUGAUAGCAAGCAUUGCUCUGAAGUGCACAGUGAUCGUUCUGAUGUUUUCAGGUUCGCAGGUUCCUAGUGCGGGAAUCAAGGCAAGGAGAGGGAUCCAAAGUUGUCUACAGAAAUGUAUUCCUUGUGGAUCAGCUGAAGGCCACAUAACAGCAAAUCUGACUCUGAAUCCAAGCACAGCUCAUCCCCAGCUCUACGUAUCCUCUGAUUUGAAAAGCGUAGGAUGGAAAGGCAUGAGUCAGCAAGUGAACAGCACUCCUCUGAGAUAUGACGUUAUGGCCAGCGUCCUAAGCCAUGAGAGCUUUAACUCUGGGAAGCUUUGCUGGGAGGUAGAGGUGGUGGAGGAAGGGGAAUGGUGGGGAGUGGGAAUUGUUAGGGAAUCUGCAAACAGAAACGGGGUGAUUCUGCUCGAACCUCGAGGGGGUUACUGGGGAGUGCAGCGAAUUAAUGGGAAGCAUCAAUCAAUCACUGAGCCCAGGACAGAUUUGACAUUGUGCCAUUCCCCAAGAAGGAUCCGAGUUUCUUUGGACUAUGUAGAAGGUCUUGUGGCUUUUUUUGAUGGCGAUACGAAUGCUGAAAUCUUCACUUUUCCAAAAGCAAAUUUUGCUGGAGAGAAGAUGCAUGCGUGGUUCUUGAUCUUUAAGUGGAAAGGACAACUUCUCCUCCACCCGUGACACAGUGGGACAAAGACCAUCAUCCUGUUGGAAGAACUUCAGACCACCUGCCUUAAUCUCUCUUCCAUUUCUUCUGUUUCUCUCUGCCUUCCUGUACGAUGUGCCCUUUGAUUGUCAUGAAUGAAGGCAAAUAUACGUAUCCUAGGAUAACACUGCAGGAUCCAAUCUGGGAUCCUUUGACUUCUUUUUAAUCCUUCUGUAUCCCUCCUUCUCUGCUGCCAGCUUUUUAAAUUCUAAAUAAAAAAUCCCUUAAAUUGCAGUAAUAAACUGCAUUUCAAACAAUA